UGCUCCGUUCGAGAUAGACCAUAAAUCAUGAGUUCAAGAUAGAUUACAAAAAAGCGCAAUGAUUUUUCCUCGUUACGUAUAUAGUCACGAAAGCAAAAGCAGCACGUGGAAAGAUUUUGUACUUCGUUAGAACUGCGGGAAUUUUUUGGUAUUCUCAUGUAUGCUCCUGUGGAAUGAGAUAUAAACGGAUACAAAUAUGGCAAAUUUUGAAAGCGAAGGAAGUGCAAGUGAAAAAAAAUUGAACGAAAGUAAUAACAGUAUUGGUGGAGAAAAUUCUCAAGAUUCUCAAGAAGAAGUCGAAAAUAUCCGAGCCGAUGAAGAACAAAAAGAAAAGUUAGUGAAGUUACCACUAGGUAGAAUAAAAACAAUUAUAAAAAUGGAUCCCGAAGUAAACAUGAUUAACCAAGAAGCAGUUUUCUUAAUUACAAAAUCUACGGUAUACUUUGCUGCACGUGAAAGGAGAUUCAUGCAGGUCGACAACCUAGACAGAUUUUUAACCACGAGUGAGAUAACCCUAUACAUUUUCAUAACCAUACACAAACCGGAACAAAAUAGAAAUGUACUCGAGAGCAAAUCUGGUUUUCAUGAGAAAAAUGGUUGCCAAAAGAACGGGUCUCUAUCAGUAUAUCCACGAAAUGAAGUGAGAAAUGAUAAGCAGAUGGUAACAUAUUCAAGUCGCCAAAAACCGAUUCACAAAUGUUUCUUAUUGCGAAAAGAAGUUUAUUUGUAAAAUUUUGUUAGAAUCGGACCAAGACGGUUUUCCGAAGUUUUGCUACAUUUUCCGAAGUGGUCAUUCUACUGUGUAAUAAGUCCAAAAUAUCAAUAUCUUAUAAUGUAUCGAAUUUCAAAUAUGAUUUCAUUAGUUUCAUCUUUUCACAGCUAGAUGGCUGAGCAUUUUGAGGUCCUGUGAUGACCAUCAGAUUCAUCGGUAAAGAAGAGUACUGUUAUCAGAGCCGUCGGUCAAGAAAAGUUCUGUUUGCAAAUUUGAACAAAUGAUCAAUGUGUAAAGCAAUCGUAGUUUGAUCGUUUUCAAUCAUCAUCAUAUUAUAACGCAGAAACAUAUCCGUGAGUUUCGUUGACACGUUGUACGCAUGCUCGAAAACAAGGCAGAAACAUAUUAUAUGUGUACUUUUACAAUUAUAGUACAGUAAAAUCGUUACUAAGGGACACUUUUUAAGGGAUACACAUAUAAAAACUAAUUACGCUAUCAUUGAGAGUGCUACAGCUGCUUUUUCUUUGAUUAUUCUGUAAAAAUUUACUACGCAUAUCUAUCUCUUACGGUUUAGGACUGCGCAGGGUGUCAAGGUUUUCAUGAGAUAACCGCGGAUCCUGGGCAACAAAUUUUCGAACAAUAAAAAUUGCUCCAAUUUAAAAACUAAUUACGUCAUCAUUAAGAGUGGUCCAUUAGACUUUUCUGAGUUAAACCUCUUUGUAAAAAAUUUACUGUGCAUGUCUAUCUUUUACGGUUUAGGACUGCGCAGGAGGUCAAGAUUAAAUGAUUAAUUCCCCGUGCACAGCACAGGCGUUCCACAAGUUAAUAAUUAAAUGAUUAAACAAUAAGUUUAAUUCAGUUAGGCACUGUAUGAAAAGUGGUGAAAAUAAAGAAAAAUUA